AUGCGCAGCUACACGUGGACGCCGGUGCUGGUCGCGUACAUGACGCUGUCCCUCUGCCUGUCGGUAAGCUGGUCGCUUCCUGCCGCGGCAGGCAGCGCGUCCGGCGGUGCCGGUGGUGACUUCGACCUGGACGAACCGUCGACGUCCCGUGACCGCGUGUCCGGGCAGGGGGAAAUUUCGACGUCCCAGUUCCAGCACCUGCUCGCCGUGCGCUCGCCGAAGUACAACUUUGGACUCGGCAAGCGGCGCUACAUCAUCGAGGACGUGCCCGGAGCCAAACGGUUGCCACACUACAACUUCGGGCUGGGCAAACGUGGGAGUCCCAUCGGAGGGUCGGAUUACGAGUACGAUGGGCUGAUGGGCAAUCAGCUCGGCUGGAAUGACAACGAUUACGCCAACCUGAUCACGAAGGACGGACAGUUCGACUACGACGCAGAGAAGGACAAGGAUGCCGCUAAACGGGCCUCUUCCGGCAACGGGGCUGGUGCCGCCUACCGGUAUCAUUUCGGCCUAGGAAAAAGGCGCACGUACGACUUCGGGCUCGGCAAGCGUUACUUCGAUGCGGACGACUUCAACAAGCGGCUCCCCAACCGGUACAACUUUGGCCUGGGCAAACGCUAAUCGGUGCCGGUUUCCGUCGGCUCUCCCCAUUCCGUGGCGUACCGUAUGACAUUCGUCGGAUGCAAAAACCAAUAAACAGAAAACCCAACUUGUGCGAGAUUGUGUGAUUGGAAAUGAAUGCCCCCUGCUCCCAUUUGCCACGCCAAGAACCAAGAACACAACAACCCGCUGGACUGGCAGCGCUUUCCUGCAUGAGUGCAAUGCGAUGUAAAAUAUAUAAAAAAAAAGAAAACAAAAAUAAAAAUAUCAUACAGAAUGCACACAAACCCCCGCUAAACAUACCGCCGGUGCAGCGUACGAUGGAAAGCUGGAGAGAAUGUUGUAACUUAUUGUAUUCCCCGAUAUGGAAUGGGAGGAACAUUUUAAAACAAAAUAUACACACAUAAACAAUGUACUUAUAAGCUCUCAUUUCAAUUGCUUUACGCAAAUUUCAACACGUCAAGUCAGUUUAAACUAUGGAGCAUUAUCAAUUAAAUCGUCGUCAGCCGUUGAGCUAGAAUUAUGGCCCGUAAAGAAGAGUUCAAUGUAAAACCGGAAGAGCAUCAAAUUAAAGAGACUAUUCUCUCCCGUUUCUCGUUCUUCAAGUUAAUAUAAAGAAAAAAACAUGCUAACAUGAAACUUAAACUAUCUGUCCUUCAAACUACCCGAUGGACCCUUUAGUCGGAAGAGUUUUCUUUUGAGGCGAAAACAAAAAUUUAUUCAUCAAAACAUUGACAAGAUGGUGAUCGAUCCAGUCAAACCCAGCCAACCCAUCGGGAACAUAACACAUUUAUUACACCUCCCAGCCCGCAACAAUGUGCAGCUAUUUGGCGUGAGGACGGUAAGAAACGAGCGAUAAAAGUUGUAGUUGUACAGAUUAAGAUGUUAAUGACGUUACGAAGGACUGAUGAAUGCAAAACACCCGACAUGAGAUACAAGAAGAACAUGAUGAAGUGAAAUAAAAUAAAAAACCAUACAAUCGUUGUUUUAGAAAACAAUAAAAAGUGCAUGUUUCAAUUACUUAUCAUCCACUUAUUUGUAGAUUUUUUAACAACAUUUCAAGUCGUACGAAGAAAGAUCAUUAUUAAAAUAAAUGAACAUCUAAUUUCGUCAAAUAUCACGGGUAUGAGACAUUCCUUCUAAAAGUUUUCCAUGAGGUAGAACAUUAAAAGUUUGAAAAAUCGUAGAAAAGGAAACCACGUACGAUUGUCCGAUCUACACAAAAUAUUAUGCACUUCAUUUUAAACACAUGCUUGCGUGAUCGCAGGCAACACAUCAUUAUACAUCUAUUUAUACCUACACCCUAUGUACUAUUGAUGAUAAUCCAUAAGUGUAACGGAAGAUUUCUGUAAAUAUUUAUCCAGUGACGCUCUCCAAGUACGAUGCAGAAUUGAGUGUAAAAACUAUUAAAUAAACUAUACGAUGAACUAAACAAAA